CAGGUUAAUAAGAAAUAGUCAGAUGGAAAUUGCUGUGUUGAAUAUCUGACUUUUGUUUUGCUAAGAUAAAGCUGCAAAAGGGAGAACAGGCUCUGUGGAGAGAACCCAGGGAAGUGACCUGGGGAGGACGAUUGAAGAUGCCGGUAGAGGAGUAAUAAAUGUCCCAGCUCAACUCUCCUACUCAUGGGAAAAUCAGAUGCCCGAACCUCUGAGGAUUGUGCUGGUAGGAAAGACCGGCGUAGGAAAGAGUGCUUCAGCAAACACCAUCUUAGGGAGGGAAGCUUUUGAUUCUGAGAUCACUCCUUCCUCUGUGACAGCUAAAUGUGCAAAGGAGAGUGAGAUCAUCGAUGGGAGAGAAGUGUACGUGGUCGACACUCCAGGCCUGUUUGACACAAAUCACAGUAAAGAGGAGAUUGCGAAGGAGAUUGCAAAGUGCAUCUGUUUGGCCUCUCCAGGUCCCCAUGCGUUUUGUGUGACUAUUCAGCUGGGCAGAUUCACAGAGGAGGAGCAAGAAACGGUGAAGAUGAUUCAGAAGGUAUUUGGGAAAGAAGCAAGCAAGUACACGAUGACGCUCUUCUCUCACGGGGACAGACUGAAAAGACAAACGAUUGAAGAGUUCGUCAGCAAGAGUACCGAACUCAAAGCGUUCACAGAUCAGUGCCGUGGGGGACGUCACGUGUUCAACAACGAGGACCAAGGGAAUCGUGCUCAGGUCACAGAGCUGUUGAGAAAGAUUGAUAAGAUCGUGGCAGCGAAUGGGGGAGGCUACUACACCACUGAGAUGUUUCAGAAAGCGGAAGAAGAGAUUGAAAAGGAGAAGGAGAAGAUCCUGAAAGAAAAUAAAAAGCAGAGAGAGAGAGAGAUGGAGGAGUUGAGGAGAAAGAUUCAGGACAAAGACAAACUGAAUCAAGCUUUGCAAGAUCUGAGAGUGAAGCACGAGAGGGACGCUAGGAAAAAAGCAGAGCUUAGCAAUGGAUUCAUCGGUGCAUUUUGCGGUUUAGCGCUAGGUGGAAUAGCCGGUGCUUUAUUGGGUGGAUGUAUAGGGAUAGUGGGUGGGCCAAUAGGUGUUAUUGCUGGGUUAGCAGUCGGAGCAGGGGCUGGAGCAGCAAUCGGAGCUGCAAUUGGUGCAGGAACGGGAGUAGCAGCAGCUAAAGCUCAGGUUGGGAAAUGCACCAUACAGUGAGACAAUACAAAUCUAUGGAAAUCCUUUUCAUUGUUUCCCAUGUACCAAUAACAAGCACAUAGACAGAAUAUAGAGUUAUGCUAUACAUAUUCUUUAAUGUUUCUUAGGCAAGCAGACAUGGUCUAUUUCAUCUGAUAUUGGAACAUGAAAGACAUGAUACUGUAGAUAUUGGAAAAGGAUAUUGGAACAUCAAAGACCUAAUAGAGCCUAUCAUGUUCCAUCUUCAAGAAACCACUUUCUGUCAUUUCUCAGUUCCCUAGUGGUUUGUGAUUUUGU